AUGGAAAGCAACAUACCAAUAAUAUCAAAGAGAGUGUGGAAUAUGGUCCGUGUGGCCUUCUUCAUGUUGAGAAAAAAAUUAUCAAAGGGAAAAUUAAUGACGGAUAUAAACAUGAUGCUCAAACGCCGCCGCAAGCUUGCCGGAAAAGCCAUAGCCAAUCUAAUGUUCCAUCAUCACCACAAAGGCUCCACCUCAAGCCGCCACUCCCACAACUCCUUCACUUUCACUAGGGUGCCACCUAAACCUGAUGAUGAGGCGAUGACUAUGAGCGCAAUGGAGACAAUAAUGGAUAUGCUUAACAAUGAUCAAGCGAUUGUAGAAGCAUCUCCAGCAUUGUCCAGAUUCGAGCGUAGUCCAACAGCGAGGCAAUUGAGGGUGACUGACUCUCCAUUUCCUUUAAGAGAUGAUGAUGAUGAUGAGAAGGACAACCAGGUUGAUAAGGCUGCGGAAGAUUUCAUAAAAAGGUUUUACAACCAGUUGAGGAAGCAAGAUUGA